AUGCCUGAGCCAACAGAAGAUGAUUUUAAAAAAAUAGCACAAGGUUUCUGGGACAGAUGGCAAUUCCCUAACUGUUUAGGAAGUAUCGACGGAAAACACAUUCGUAUAAAAAAACCAAGCAACUCUGGUUCCAUGUAUUAUUGCUAUAAAUCUUUCUUUUCAAUUGGGUUACUAGCUGUAACCGAUGCAAAUUAUAAGUUUGUAAUGGUGAGCGUGGGCUCUUAUGGUAAAGAAAAUGACGCAGGCGUUUUUGAUGAAUGCCCCUUUAGGGAAGCUAUAGAAACGGGAAAACUAAAAGUACCCAAGGAACAAUUAUUGCCGGGCUCUAGUAUCAAGACACCUUAUGUUCUCAUAGGAGAUGCAGCAUUUCCUCUUAAGAAUUAUUUAAUGAGACCAUUUCCGGAAAAAACAACAACUAAAGGCGAUGCUAAAGAUAAUUUCAACUAUCGGUUAUCUCGAGCAAGAAUGGUGGUAGAAUGUUCAUUUGGUUCUAUAAGCUCUAAAUUCAGAAUUCUGCAAAAAUCUAUCGAAACCAAUGUAGAAAACGCAGUCCAUAUUGUGAAAGCCAUAACAUUAUUACUCAACAUCAUACGUGAUUUGGAAUCAAUAAAUGAGACUGAAGUUGUAAUAUUCCAGGAUUCAUACCGAAAUACACCAAGAACUCUACAGUAUGAUUUACAAAGGAGACUUAAUGCUUCAUCACGAGCAGCUAUGCAAGUGAGGGAACAUUUUAAAUUGUAUUUUGAACAACAUCCCAUACAAAGAUUGUAA